AUGGCCGCGGCGAGCAGGUUCAAGCUUAAGGUGGACAACGAGGACAAGGCGAAGUCCUUCAGGCUUUUCUCCUUCGCCAGCCCAUACAUGCGAGCCUUCCACUUCCCGUGGAUCUCUUUCGUCUGCUUUGUCUCCACCUUUGCCGCAGCGCCAUUGGUGCCUAUCAUAGGUGAUAACCUCAACCUCGCCAAGGCCGACAUCGAAAAUGCUACGGUGGCAACCUUGUCAGGCUCCAUCUUCUCUAAACUCGCUAUGGAAGUCAUAUUUGACCUCGUUGGCCCACGCUACGGUUGUGCUUUCCUUGUCAUGCUCACCGCACCCAUCGUGUCCUGCAUGUCACCCAUCGAUAAUGCAGCAGGGUAUAUCACUGUCCGCUUCCUAACCGGCUUCUCCCUUGCGACGUUCGUGUCGUGCCAGAAUUUGAUAAGGACCAUGUUCAACAUGAACAUGAUCUUCGCCAUCAACGGAUGUUUUGCGGGGCGGGGGAACAUGGGUGGAGGUGCCACGCAAUUCUUCAUACCACUUUUUAUGCACCCCAUCAAGAUUUACACGAAGAAAUAUAGCAUUUUCAAGGUCUUAUUGGACGUUGUCACCAACUACCGAACAUGGCUGCUUGUCCUCCUCUAUGGCUACUGCAUGGGCGUCGAGCUCAAUGCCGACAAUAUCAUCACCGGUUACUACUUCGACCAUUUCCACCUAGACCUCAGCACCGCCUGCACCAUCGCCACCUACUUUAUUAUGGCCAACAUCAUGGCUCGCCCCAUGGUGGGAUACCUCACCGACCUUUGUUCCAGGCUCUUCUCAGUCGCUAACCCGCAUAUGCGCACCUUCCACCUCUCGUGGAUCUCCUUCUUCACCUGCUUCGUCUCCACCUUCGCCGCGGCGCCCUUGGUGCCCAUCAUACGCGACAACCUUGGCCUCGUCAAGGCCGACAUCGGGAAUGCCGGGGUGGCGUCCGUCUCGGGCUCCAUCUUCUCAAGGCUCGCCAUGGGAGCCGUGUGCGACCUGCUCGGCCCACGCUACGGAUGCGCCUUCCUCAUCAUGCUCACCGCGCCCACCGUUUUCUGCAUGUCGCUCAUCGACGACGCGGCGGGGUACAUCACCGUUCGCUUCCUCAUCGACUUCUCCCUCGCCACGUUCGUGUCGUGCCAGUACUGGAUGAGCACCAUGUUCAACAGCAAGAUCAUCGGCACUGUCAACGGGUUGGCGGCGGGUUGGGGUAAUAUGGGUGGUGGAGCCACACAACUCAUCAUGCCUCUCGUCUUCCAAGCCAUCAAGAAAUGUGGUGCCACAGCUUUCGUUGCAUGGCGCAUCGCCUACUUUGUGCCUGGGAUGAUGCACAUCGUGAUGGGUCUGGCUGUGCUCAUAUUUGGGCAAGAUCUCCCCGACGGCAACCUCAAGGUUGUCCAUAAGGAGGGAAAUGUAAAGACGGACAAGUUUUCCAAGGUCUUAUGGGGAGCUGUCACCAACUACCGGACAUGGGUUUUUGUCCUCCUCUAUGGCUACUGCAUGGGGGUCGAGCUCACUACUGACAAUGUGAUCGCCGAGUACUACUUCGACCAUUUCCACCUAGACCUCCGCACCGCCGGCAUCAUUGCUGCCUCCUUUGGCAUGGCCAACAUCGUGGCUCGCCCCUUCGGGGGCUACCUCUCUGACCUUGGUUCCAGGUACUUCGGUAUGCGAGCCCGCCUAUGGAACAUCUGGAUCCUCCAAACUGCCGGUGGCGCGUUCUGCGUCUGGCUCGGUCGCGCCUCCGCCCUCCCAGCCUCUAUCACCGCCAUGGUCCUCUUCUCUGUCUGUGCUCAGGCUGCGUGUGGUGCUAUCUUUGGUGUUGCCCCCUUCGUGUCCCGGCGGUCUCUCGGCAUCCUCUCCGGGUUGACCGGCGCUGGCGGGAAUUUUGGCGCGGGGCUCACGCAACUGCUCUUCUUCACGUCUUCACAGUACUCAACUGGCACUGGGCUGCAAUACAUGGGCAUCAUGAUCAUGUGCUGCACCCUCCCUAUCGCAUUCGUGCACUUCCCACAGUGGGGCUCCAUGUUCUUGCCAGCCAACGCCGGCGCCACCGAGGAAGACUACUACGGGUCCGAGUGGACAGACGAGGAAAAGAAGGACGGGCACCACCUGUACCUCGCCGGGCAAAAGUUCGCCGAGAACGCUACAUCAGAGCGCGGCAGGCGCAACACAUAA